UCCAUCGUCGCUGUCCCCGUUUAUCACAUCACAGGGCGAGGGGGGAGAUAUAACGCUGCAGACGGAUUGCUCGGCGCUCGGCUGGGCUGGUCUGGGCAGCAGGGAAGGCGCCGGGUCUCGCUCAGAAAGAGAUGGGCGCCGCAGUUGCAGGGUUCUGUGUCGCUGCUCUGGCUACACUGGUGCACAGCUGCGUCUGCGUGCCGGGGGUCGCGAUGGGCGGCGGGCAGGAGCUGCAGGAUAUUAGAUGUACGCCACUAAACCGGGGACCUAAGCAUAAUCAGUCCUACAGUCGCUGCUUCUGUUACAGGCCAGAAUGGAGCCCGGAUCUGCUGUGGUCGGCUAUUCGGAUUCAGGUGCAGAGCACAGAAGCCGUAACCGUGUCACUCAAGCUGGACUGCGCGGAGCCCGAGAACGCCCUGGAUCAUCUGACCUGCUUCCUGCGUGACUUGUGGAAACCGGCAAAUUCCACAGAAGCACACCUUGAUGUAAGCAGUCUAUACAAAGACUUCUGCUUCAAUGUAGACGUGAUCACUGAGCCGUCAGUGUACCAGGUGACGUUCAAAAAGAUUUGGUUUAACCCAUCAAUAUUAGCUGUAAGUGGUGUCUUGCUGUUCUACUUUGCUGGUAGAUUGAGUAGGAGCUCUGCAGUCUUUUAUGCAGCUGGAGUAACGCUGGGAGUGACAGCCUCUCUAUUAUUCCUUCUACUGAUACUCAAAAGGUUAAUUUCCAAGCACAGCACAUUCUUGCUGCUACUGGGCACCUGCGUUUUUUUAACCGCAUAUUCUGUACACUUCCUGAUGGAAAACAUGACGUGGAUAUGGACUGAAAACAAGCAUUACGUACUGGGGUACUUUAUGGCGGCGGGGACGCUCAGCUCUGCAGCUUGCUACGCACAUGGUCCCCCGCGCAGUGAGUGGAGCCUGACCCUUCUCGCAUGGACGCUGCAGAUCCUAGCCUGCACAUUGAUUUACUGCGGCCUUGCCCUCCCGGAGAUUGCUCUUGCUGUCAUUGCUGUUCUCUUCUCUGUGAAGGUGCUGUGCUAUCCCGUUACCGCUCUGUGUUACCUGUACAGAAUAAUGACACGUAAGAAGCCGGUCUUUAAAUUUCUUACGGAAGAGGAAUACAAGGAACGUUCUGAGGAGGAGACCUCAAAGGCUCUUGGAGAGCUCCGUGACUUCUGUAGUGGUCCUCAGUUCAACUCAUGGCUUACAGUGUCCAGGCUUUCCUCACCUAAGAGGUUUGCAGAUUUUGUCCUGGGAUCUAGCCAUGUAACGCCAGAAGAGGCCAGGGUACACGAGGAACAGUUCGGGCUAGGAAGCCUGUUUCUGGAAGAACAACUAUUCGCCCUGGACAGAGAAGCCGAGCAGAACCAUCUGGAAGAUGUAAUACAUGUAGAUGACGAAUUCAUUGAGGAGGAUCAUUUUCUUGAUAGUUCUCAGUCUGACAGUGAAAGAAAUAUUCAGCGGUGACGCUUAGCGGCAUUUACAGAACUGUAAUAACGUGAGGUGGUUCCUAUGUACUCGUCCCAUCGUUGGUCGGUCUGUGCUUUUAUUUUUUAUGUUGAAAUUACAGUUUUAUUUUUUAUUUUAUUUCUCUGACGUCCUAGUGGAUGCUGGGAAUCCGUCAGGACCAUGGGGAAUA